UUGAUAAUUUUGUUUCCAACUGGCCUCGUUGUACAAUUUUUCCGCUUAGCAUUGUAGAAAUGCAUUGAGUUGGAAAACAAAUUUGAAGUCGAGUGAUACAUGAGAUGGGUUUUAUGCUUGGCAUGUGCGAAAUUCUACGCCCACUAAGCACACAAAGUCGCCAACCCGAGCCGAGUUCUGUUUAAACGGCAAUGCGAUAGCAAUAGGAAUGGGCAUAGGCAGAGGGCCUGAAACGCUUCUUAGUCACAGUUCGCUGGCCAUGGUCGAGCUGGGGAAUCGUGAUGACUGUGAUGUAAGCGACGGGGCCUCUUGGCGGGGCGUUUUGUAAGCUGGGGCCGACGAUUUGCCAGACAUGUCCAACUCUUUGAGCGCCUGUCAUUACAAUUAUCAUUACACGCUAAUUAUGUCAAAAGCAGCCUCUAAUUAGACCAUUCAAUCACAUCGAUUGUGAUCGCAUCACAGUUCCGCCAGCUCGCCGCUGCGGCUGCUCUUCAUGUGGGCGUUUCAUUCAUGGCUAGCAAAUGCCGAUUGAUUUCUGUGUGGGCUGCCAGCGGCGCCAAAUGAAUUUACCCAAAGCCUGGGCCUAUCAUUCACCUCAUGGACAGCCCAUUGACAGAACUUACUUAGUUGAGCUGUGAUGAGUGCGGUUUGGAAUGCUGUGAGCUGUCGGCUUAAAAAGCAUAUAAAACCAUUUUGGUGUUAACUUUAAACUGGUAUUAAUUGAGAAAAUCAGUUUAACAUAUAUUGAACAAAUCUUAAGCGAUUUAAAUGUGUAGGAGAAUACACAUAUUUAAAGCCAAAUAAGUGGGAACAGUUUCUGACGGGUUUCGAUGGCAAUUAGAGCUCGGAAUUGAGAAUCUUUACGUGUAACAUUAACUGGCUUAAGUUGGAAAAUGUCUGGAGUUUUAUAUAAGCUAACAUAUGAGUAAAUGUCAAAAUUCAAAAAUAGUAGAAACAGUAAAAUUUUUUGAAUGCAGAAAUCCAAAGGAAAAAUAAGUGGGAAUAUAUGAGAUUUCUGGUUUGCAGAACUCUGAAUAGAAAGUUUUUCUUGUAUUGAAACUGAUCUGCUAAAAUUAAACUACUGGCUCGAGCAGCAGCAGCAGCAGCAGCAGCUGAUGUGGAACAUGGCGCACCAAUUGGCUGGCCAAUAAAUUAACAUAGAGGAGCUGAACAAGGCAAACCGAAAGUGUCACGACGACGGCAACAAGUAGAACCCGAUAAACGUGCCGCGCCACAAAUCGACAGCGAGACAAUCGAAACAGAAUAUAAAUUGCAAGUGAAAUUUGAAAAUAAAAGUAAAAACACACACACGCACACAGAGAGAAGAUAACCGGAAAUCAGUUAAGAGCAGCAACAACAGGAGCAACAACUAUGUAUCGGCCAAAUUUCUACGAGUCGACCUGCCUGCGCUGCAGCGAGACCGUCUAUCAGGUGGAUCGCGUGGGGCCGCUCAAGGAUUUCACAUUCUUUCAUUCCGGUUGCUUCAAGUGCGUCCAUUGCGGCACCAAGCUGACGCUCAAGACAUAUUUCAACAAUCAACACAAGCAGGACGACAAAGAGGUCUAUUGCAGUUCACAUGUACCAAAGAGCGGACCCGGCCAUCUGGACCAGACAGCGGUGGGCAUUCGGCAGGCCUUGAAUGCGCCGCGCACCAACAAAUUCGUGAACGAGCAAAUACGCGGCACACGCACCGAAAUCGAUGGUGUUGGCGGCGGCGGCGGCGGCCUCGGUUCGCGCCAAUCAACGCCCAACGGCUACGGCGGGCGGGAGGUGAGCUCCCCAUCCCAAAACGAUUCCGAUUACAAAUAUGGACGCUUCGAUGCGAGCGCUUUGCAUAUUGCGCAUGCGCUCAAACAAACCGAAAUACAAAAGGCCUACAAUAAGGCGCGCGAGAAGCCAAUUGAUUUCUACCUGGCUCGCGAGGAGCAGGCGCGCCUGGAGAUGAAGCAUCGCAAGGAGGAGGACGAUUUGUAUCGAAAGUUUGCGCGCAAGCGCGAGGAGGAGGAUCGCAAGAUCCAAAACGAAUUCCAGGACGAAUGGGAACGCGAACUGCAGCGGCUGACGCACAAGUUCGAGAAGGAGCUGGCCACGUCGCGUCGCAAUCGGGAUGAGGCCAACAUCCUGACGCUGCGGCACGAACAGCAAAAGGAGGACCUCGAGAAGAACAUGACGCUGCGGCGCAGCAAGAAGAAGGAGAGCAUCACACGCAAAAUGCUCGAGCACGAGCGCUACGAGACGGCCGCCCUGGUCGAUCGCCAGUCCAGUGAAAUGCUGGAGCUGAUCAGCGCCCGGCGCUCCGAGUACAUGCAGAGCGAGAGCAUCUUCCUCGACGACGAGUUCAGCGAGGGCGCCAUACCCAUUGAGUAUCCGUUGAAUGCGCCGGUGCCGGCGCCGCCGGCAGUUAGCAAAUUUCAGAUAUACACGGAUCCCAUUGAGUUCGAGGAUGUGGAUCGCAUUGCCAUUUCGGUGGCGCAGGAGGAUCAGAAGACCUUUACGGAUCUGGUGCGCCAGCUAGUGGGCCGCUGCACCACGGACAUCGAAAAGGCGCGCACCAUCUUCCGCUGGAUCACGGUCAAGAAUCUGAAUGCCAUGCACUUUGACGACGAUCUGCGCGGCGACACGCCCAUGGGACUGUUGCGCGGCAUCAAAUACGGCACAGAGAGCUACCAUGUGCUGUUCAAGCGCCUCUGCAGCUAUGCGGGCCUCCACUGUGUGGUCAUCAAGGGCUAUUCAAAGAGCGCCGGCUAUCAGCCGGGUGUCAAGUUUCAGGAUUCACGUUUUCGCAACUCAUGGAAUGCGGUCUAUGUGGCCGGCGCCUGGCGUUUCGUUCAGUGCAACUGGGGCGCUCGCCAUCUGGUCAAUGCCAAGGAGGCGCCCAAACAGGGACGCGGCAAGAACGACAGCCUGCGCUAUGAGUAUGAUGACCAUUACUUUCUUACCGAUCCGCGCGAGUUCAUCUAUGAGUUCUAUCCGCUGCAGGAGGAGUGGCAGCUGCUGAAGCGACCCAUUACACUGCGCGAAUUCGAGAAUCUGCCCUUUGUGCGCUCGCUCUUCUUCCGCUAUGGCCUGCACUUUGCGGACGAGGGCUACGGCGCCGUUGUCUUCACGGAUGACACGGGCGCUGCCACCGUGCGCAUAGCCAUGCCCACGGACAUGCAGAGCUGCCUGAUAUUCCACUAUAACCUCAAGUUCUAUGACAGCGACGAGGAGCUCUCGUACGAUGGCGUCUCGCUGAAGCGUUUCGUGAUGCAGUCCGUCAUUGGCAACAUUGUUGCGUUCCGCGUCCAUGCGCCCUGCUCGGGCGCCUUUCUGCUCGACAUAUUCGCGAAUGCGGUGACGCCGCAGGAAUACCUGACCGGCGAGCCCAUGAAGUUCAAGUCUGUGUGCAAGUUUAAGAUAUGCUGCGAGGAGCUGCAAACGGUAAUGGUGCCGCUGCCGGACUGCGCCAGCGGCGAGUGGGGUCCCACCAAGGCGACGCGACUCUUCGGACUCAUACCCAUUACACAUCAGGAUCCGCUCAUCUUCGCCGGGCGCAGCUUGGAUCUGCAGUUCCGCAUGUCGCGCCCGCUGACCGACUUCAUGGCCACGCUGCACAAGAACGGCAUCGAGGAGAAGAAACUGGCCAAAUAUGUCACGCACAGCACACUGGAUGACAUUGUCACGUUCAUCAUUAACUUCCCGGAGGAGGGUCAAUAUGGUCUGGAUAUAUAUACGCGUGAGCUGGGCGCGCCGCAGCAUCAUCAUCAUCAUCACAAUAAUAAUAACAAUAACAACAAUAAUAAUUCCUCAUCCGGCGAGAAACAUCUGCUGACGCACUGCUGUAAAUAUUUAAUCAACUCCUCCAAGCGGAAUUAAGUUUGUUAUAUGAAUUUGUUGAAAACGCAAACAGAAUGCAAUAUUAAUUAAUAGUCUAGCUAAUAAGCAGCUACUAAAAGUCUAUAUAUGUGUAUACAAAUAUGUAUAUCAUGCACCACUGUGCAGGUGCUAAAGAUAAUCCAUGCCUGAGUGCAUCCACUUAAAUAUCUGCCCAUCUAUUUACUAUAUAUAUCCAGCUCGAACACAUUUGUUAAUCCACACACAGGCUACAUUAUAUUAUAUAUCUUAACGAAUUGGCAGCUAUAUAUAUAUAUAUAUAUAUAUAUAUACAUAUUAAUCGCAUCGAAUUGAAUUAUGUAAAUACUCUAGACUCUAAUCAUUAGACCUUAAAUGACCUAGUAAUAUGCCUGGAGUAAUCCAAUCUUUGAAUACGUGUUGUACUUAAUGAUUAAUGCCUAAUAAUUUAUUAUUGAAUUAAAAACGUUGCGAUGUUUUGUCUUUAAUACAAAAGCUUAUAUUAUGUUGAUCUAGGUGUCGUUUAAGCAUUCCGAUUUUUUUUUGUAUGACAAUCACCUGUAAUUAAACACUCUGAUAAUGUGAACCAAUAUAUUAACUUAUGUAUUUUUGGCAUACUAAAAACACCCUCCAUAUUUUGGCUUUGUCUAGUGCGGUUUCAGUUCCAAAAUUUCCAUACAUGUUUUUUGAAAUCACUACAACUCGGGUAUUCGAAGUCCCCUUCCAUAGUCGGCAACCGUACGA